AUGCCCGCCCGGUGGGAAGACGACACGCUGCCCCGUGCGAGCGUCCCGAGCCCGGCGGACCAGGAGGAUAGGGACGAGCUCAUGGCCCGCAUCGGGCAGCGCCACCGCGAGGCCGUACGAACCUCUCGAAGCGAGGAGCUGCACGCGCGCCUGGCCAAGCACGCAAAAGCAGUGGCCGCCAUCGAGGCGGAGCGGGCGGCGCUCGACGUGCGGGCGCGGCGGGAUGCGGCCUGCGCCUGGGACGGGCCCAGUGCCGCGAACGCCGUCGCCCGCGCCGCCUGCCCGCCGCCGCCGCCACCACGGCACGUCGAGGCGUCGCCGGCGACGCUCGCAUUGGUGCAGGCCGAGAACGAACGCCUACGACGGCGCGUCGCCGAGCUCGACGCGCCCGUGGGCCGAGAGAACGAGAAGCUGCGGGAGGCGCUCGCGAAGGCAAAACGGCGCGGCGGCGAGCUCGAGGCGGCCGACGCCGCGCGGCAAAAACGGAUAGAGACGCUCGAGCGGGCCGCCGCCGAAUCCACGGAUGAAAUUGCGCGCCUCACGGCGCGCGUCGCCGAGCUCGGCGCCGCCAACGCGACGCUGGAGCAGCGCUGCGCGGCCGGUCGGAGGAAACUGACCGACCAGGCGCGGGCGGCCCAGGUCGACGCGAAAAAGGCGGCCGACGGCCGCGCCGCGGCAGCCCAAAACGAGGCCGUCGCCGCGAAGGAGAUCAAUAUGCUGCGCCAGCGCAUCGCCGAGCUCAAGAGCGCCGCGGCCGUCAAGGCCGCAGAGACGGAGGGCCUGCGGGCCGCCGCCGCGGGCGAGAACGAGCGGCUCCGGCGGCGCCUCGCCGACCUCGAGCGCCAGCACGCGGAGCGGCAGAAGCGCGUCGGCGUGCUCCAGACCGCGUCGAUGAAUGCGUCGGUUGAGAACGAGCGGCUCCUGCAGCGGCUGCGGGCGGCGGAGAAGCCGUCGCUCGCGUCGGCCGCCGAGAGCGAGAAGCUGGGGAAGCGGAUCGCCCAGCUCGAGUGCGACGCGCGGGAGGCCGCCGCGAAGCACCAUCGCGAGAGCGACGAGCUGCGCCUGCACUGCGCGCAGCUCGCGCAGCAGGCGCAGACGGCCGUCGCGGCGCGGGAUGUCGCGAUCCUGGAGCGGGACAACGCCGUCGCCGCGAAGCGGGCGGUGCCGAUCGAGCUCCGCCGGCAAUAUGAUGCGUUGGAGAAGCAGUUGGUCGUGGCUUUGACGAAACUCGAGCGCUCGACGCGGCGCGAGGACCAGUGGCGCCGCGCCUUCGCCGCGUCCGGGAAGGAUGCUCCCUUGUAA